AUGUCAACUAAAUCUUCUGAUAUUUGGAAUUUUUUUGUAAAAUUACCAACGGCUGAUGAAUCAGCUAGGUGCAAGCUUUGUGAAAAUAAAUUUUCUUGUAAAAAAAGUUCAACAAAAGGUUUAUGGGACCAUCUUAAGUCUAUGCAUUUGGCAGAAUAUGAGAAGUUUUUGCAAAAGAAUACAUCAACAUCAGAUGAGCCUCAAAAAAAAGCAGAUGAAAAAAUUGCGGCACUUAUGCUUCUAAAUAGGGUUGGUCCCCGAGCCUUCGGGGUUGAAAAAGUCGGGGGUCGGGGUUUUCGGGGUUGA